AUGCGAGAAGUGGAAGAGCCGGACAAAGCGCCGAGGGAAGCCUCGCCACCAGCCUCUGGGUAUCGUUCCGGACAGAGCGUUGACAGAGAAAACGCAAAGUCUUCCUGCUGUCGGAGGGCUCUAUCAGGCAGCUCUAAAGGUAUAGACAAGGGAGAGAAAAGAAAAGAUCCUCCCAAGCUGCCACAUUUCAGGUCCGGCAGCCAUAGCUGCUCAAGCACAGGCGCCCGCCACAGCAAAGGGGAACCUCGAGUCGAACGACCCGUCAUGAAGGCGUCCAGAGAGAGAUCGUGUUCGCGGCAGCGUCUCGCCGAAGAGUUGGCGGAGGGGACUCCACAUGCUUCGAAACAGGAAGAGGUCGCCGGGGCUCUUCAGCUUCUCCCUGAAGUCCUGCCAAGCAGCCGGCGGAAACGAACAGGUGGGAGUGACUCAAAAGAUGUGGAUUAUAGCACAGUCUCUUGUUGCAGCUUCGACGCGGAAGAUGAGAAUGAGAAGGGACAGUCUGGCACGGCUCAAAAGGCGACAGCAUCUAGUCGGUGCUCGAUAUCUGCCUCGACAGAAUGGGAUCCGGACGGGUCUUCCGAAUGCAUGUCAGAGGACGAGGGCACCAGUUCCUCUGAACUGACAAAGGAGGGCUCGCUGGAAAGUGACAGCGGGUUGGACAACUGCCCUCACUCGACUCAAACAAGCGUGGACGAGCGCUCGCAUGCAGUGGUUCCGCAUGCCGAGAGAGCGGAGACCUUUCUUAACAACCUCGCAAACCUGCGCAGCAUAUUAAGGGAAACCGACCCAACUGCUCGGAGGGCGAAGGUUGACAAGAUGCAUGCGCAGCUGAUUGGCCAACGCGACAAAUCUGAACUGCACGCUGGUCUCAGUGUGGAAAUGAAUUCGGACGUCAGAAGAGACAAGGCCAAUCCGAGGGCCUUGCACGGCCUCGGAGACACUGCAGCGGAUGAUGCCAAAAGUACUCAGGAGAGACCGGGCGCCACGGGCUCCGGGUUCGCCUCGGAAGCAAGGCUCUCAUCUCGAAUCAAACUUGCUCAGCUAAAGGCAGACUUGAGGCUGCAUGUAGAUUCUCUACUCGCUAAAGUGCAACUCGACAGACCUCUCAGGGACGCUUUAAGAGCUGGUCUCUCUGAAGGGGCUGCGGUACUAGAGCCGACGGUGCUAGCACGAAGAGACUCGCACGUCAGUCCCUGCUUGCGAGGAAAGGAAGAAGAAUUGCUCGAGGACGUUCCCGUCUCGACGAGCGAGCCAAUCGCUCACAUGCAUUCCAGCAGUAACGGCCACGGUCUCGACCUUAGCUUUAUGCAUUCUCGGCCUGGAUAUCACAGCGAACUCGAGCCUCUGCCUGCGGGCCGAUUCGCUCUCGAUACCAUUUUGGAAGACGAGGAAGGCUCCCUAUCCGGCAACCAAGAUGUGAAAGACACGGCAGAGGAUCACGCGCUUGUAAUUGCAACCUGCGUGUCGUCCUGA